AUGCAGUUCGGUGGCCAAAAACCUUUGGGAUAUCGAUGGCGCUCCUCGAAUUUCUUCAUCCUCUCCUGCGUUACAAUAGCUCUGUUCUCGGAAAACUUCUUAUACAGUUUCAUCAUUCCCAUUCUACAGCUGAUGCUCGAGGAUCGCCUUCAGCUCGACCCAACAAAAACACAAACAACUACAUCGGCUUUACUUUCGACCCACGCCUUGGUGUGUUUCUUAUCAGGGCCAUUCAUCGGUAAUUUGGCCGACAAGAUUCCCUCGCGAAAGGGACCAUUACUGGUCUCAUUGGGAGGAGAGAUUGUGGGAACAAUUAUUAUUGCAGCUGCCCCAUCAUUACCGGUGCUGUUUUUCGGGCGUGUUAUUCAGGGCAUCUUCGGCAAUGCAGUAUGGAUUAUUGGGUAUGCAACGAUUGCCGACACCGUGGGAUCUGAAAACAGGUCUCGAGCGAUAUCCACAAUAUCUGCGUUCUUCAUCUCCGGGUUGCUGGUUGGCCCGAUGGUUUCGGGGACACUGAUUGAGCUGAUUGGAUACUGGCCAACAUGGCUGACCGCAAUCGCCGUUUUGGUCAUUGAUAUGUUCAUGCGGCUGAUCAUGAUCGAAAGUCCUAUGAAAGGAGUCGAAGAUGCAGAGAACCUAGCGCCUGAGGCCAUUUUGUCAGAUGAGACUUCCGCUCUUAUUGCUCCAUCUGCAAAUGACGACCGCGAGCAAGGAUACCAUACAAAACAGGACGAAUCACUACCAUCAUGUUCCUCUGAAUCCUCAGCUCAAAACUUCUACAGGGUCAUUCUCAGUAACCCCCGGGCUCUCACUGCGAUGGCCUGCCAUGCUGCCAAUGGUCUUACAUUAGUUGCCAUUGACACUACUUUGCCACUGCAUGUUACACGAGCCUUUGGCUGGGACACUUCCCGGGUAAGCUUGAUGUUUUUGUUACUACAAUUACCAACUCUCUUCCUUUCUCCACUCACCGGGUGGAUGAAAGAUCGACUUGGCAUGAAGAUACCGGCUGGGGUCGGGCUACUAGCUACAGCGUUGUUACUUUGGCUUCUGGGUACGCCAGGUCCAGAUGGCUUGUCACUUAUUGGCUCCGGUGAAAGAGGUCAAACUGUCUAUAUGGCCUCGAUGCUUGGGCUAGGGUUUGCCAGGACACUGUUCACAGGCUGCGGAAUUAUGGAGAUGACUGGUGUGACAAUAGAGUUGCAGGAAACGCAACCUGCUAUAUUCGGUCCUAAUGGCGGACUCUCUCGGGCUUAUUCCCUAACCAAUAUGAGUUGGACAUUCAGCAUGUUCAUCGGGCCAGUCCUUGCUGGUUCUCUCACACAAACAGUGGGAUAUUACUAUAUGAACGUGUCCCUCGGUAAGUCCGCUCCUAUUCACAAGCAUCGCGGCAUUGUCAGGCUUUCUAACGACUGA